ACAAUAUCCAAAAUUGAGCAGAAGCGCGUGACGUCUUUCGUUUUCCAAAUUUCUGUUAUUGAACCUCGUCCACCUCUCCCAGUAUCAUGGCGUCCACAUGGGAAGUCAUCUCUUCCGCGUUCACACUCCUGGCCUUUUUGGGCAUCGUCUGUGAGUGGAGCAUACACUUUCCGUCAUUCGCCUCCACAGGGAGUGAGCUCUCACACAAGGAUGCCUCUAUCCUCUUUGCAGAUCUCGGCCUGAAAGUCAAAUCUGCCCUGACCUCGACCACUGAAAGUACCAAGAAAGACCUCUCUUCCAAAGGCGUGACUUACUCCAAUGGUCGAUUAUCCGUUCGAACGGAUAGAGCUGCCCCGUCAAGAGAAGAAUAUUUGGCCAAUACUCGUGCGGCAUUCGAAGCUGGAGCAAAGACUAUGAGCCUGCACCCUGAAGCUUUCAAAACUGGAGCAAGCCGGACAUCUAGCUCAGAGAACAAUGAAUCUGCAGCGAGCUCGACGGCCGUGUCACCUGAUUCUAGCGAGAAGAAGGGAUUCAGGCGAACCAAGAAGCUGGCAUGAUCACCUGUUCGCCAAGGGAUUCUGCCGAAUCAACUGCGAGAGGCCUCAUGAACGGAGAACAUCAUACAACACA